CCUUUUAACCACAAACCGAAUUUGCUUUCAUUUAGGCCAUAUAUUUUUCUUAAAUAGGUUAAAGUCAUAGAGAUUUUUUUUGUUGUUUUUUAUUUAUUUUUUUUAGUUUUCGUGUGUGGGAAUAGCAUUUCGCCCUGGAGCGGUGCGCAAUGCUUUCUCACGCCGACCUCCUGGAUGCUCGCCUCGGUGAGUUAUCAUCACCAAACUCCGGUCUCCAACUCUACUGGAUGAAGGAUGCCGCGGCGGAGCUCCUGGGCCACAGGGAGGCUCUGAAGUGCAGGCUCGGCGGCGGCGGACCUGACCCAGGACACUCCGGGGAGCUUGGACCCGGUCCGGACGGCGUGGAAGGAGCCACUAUGCUCCCCGGUGACGACAUCAGCGGCGGAACCGGAUCCAACCCGGUGCAGGUUAACAGCAAGGAGCAGGAGAAGCAGCAACAGCAGCAGCAACAGCAGAACAACAGCAGCGGGAACAACCCGAACCAGUCCGGAGGGCAACAGAGCCAGAAACAGAAGCGGCACCGGACCCGUUUCACCCCGGCGCAGCUCAACGAGCUGGAGCGCAGCUUCGCCAAAACGCACUAUCCGGACAUCUUCAUGCGGGAGGAGCUGGCUCUGCGGAUCGGUCUGACGGAGUCCAGAGUUCAGGUCUGGUUCCAGAACCGACGCGCCAAGUGGAAGAAGCGCAAGAAGACCACCAACGUAUUCAGAGCCCCGGGGACGCUUCUGCCCACGCACCACGGCCUUCCCCAGUUCCCCUCUGCAGCGGCCGCAGCGGCAGCUAUGGGCGACAGCCUCUGCUCCUUCCACGCUAACGACACCCGCUGGGCUACAGCGGGGAUGCCCGGCGUGUCUCAGCUCCAGCUACCGCCCGCCCUGGGCCGGCAGCAGGCCAUGGCUCAGUCUCUGUCCCAGUGCAGCCUCGGCGCGGGGCCUCCGCCCAACUCCAUGGGUCUGUCCAACAUGUCGUCCAACGGUUCCGGGCUGCAGUCGCACCUCUACCAACCCACGUUCCCCGGGAUGGUGCCCGCAUCCCUUUCCGGCCCGACCAACGUGACCGGCUCGCCUCAGCUGUGCAGCUCCCCGGACAGUGACGUCUGGAGAGGGACGAGCAUCGCGUCGCUGCGCCGCAAAGCGCUGGAGCACACAGUCUCCAUGAGCUUCACUUAGUGCCGGGGCUGCCGCGACAAGAGAUUUUUUUUUUCCUGCAUUUAGUUAACUUGCAUUCAGUCGGAAAAAAACAAAAAACAAAAGCAAAACCAGGAUACUUCUCCAUCUGCAGGCAACUGGCUUCUUAUUUUCCUCCUCAAAUAUAAGGAGGAGACGCGCUCUCCACCAGGCCAGCUGGCCUUUUAUCAACCACAGGGCUGGUUCCGUUUAAAGCUAUAAUUUAUUAUUUCGCAUGUGGCCUCUGUCUAUUUAUUUAUCUAUUUAAAUUAACUUAUUGUUUUGUUUGGUAUUUUAUUGGGCACGGACCCUCUGUGACUGAUUGUUUUCUUGAGGACACAUUCUGGAGAUGCUUCAGAACACAACAAGGUUGGGAAUUUCUCUUUUAGCUCCUGCCGCCAAAGGGCCAAAGGGUUGCACACUGGAAAAACAAAAAUAAACAAACAACAAAACAAACAAGCAAACAGAGAAGCACUUGCUUGGAGGUUUCAAAGACUGAGAACUUAAUUUCCCCUCCUAUCAGGAGAGAGAAAUGAUCUAAAAGGAAUCCGGAAAACAUUGACUGCAUGUCAGAAAGCAAAAUAUAAUAAAAAAAAAUGAUGAUAAAUAAAUAAAUGACACAAAAAAGGAAGAGGGAGGGGUACUUUAAUUAAGACAUGGAAGCUGACUUAACUAUAACCUGUUCUAUAGGAUGUUUUUGUGUAGCGGAAGCACUCUUGUUCCCAUUUGGUCAGUUUGUGAUAACCUAUGUUUCCAGAACUCUUUCUGUGCUUAUGAUCAAAAUAUGCCUUUCUUAAAUGUUGGAACCAUUUUGUUUCAUGGACAUGUUUAUAUCAAUUCAGUGUAAAUGAGCCAAUAAAAAUCAUUUUCAAUAAUGUCACAA